CCCAUCCCCUUCCCUCUGCUGCCCUCCGCCGCAAUUUGGUCCUCCGCACAACUACAGCAAUGGCGGCCACCGCCGUCGCCGCCCGAUCUAGGGCCUUAGCCCGCGCCGUCUCCUACUCCCUCCUCCACCGCAGCUGCCUCCCCGCCUCUCGCCGCGCCUCCUGCAUCAACAGGUUACCGCUUGUGUCCGAUGGGUUGCUCUCCGCGCUGCCGCUCCACAGCGCUGUCGCGUCCGCGAGGCUGCAGUCGGCCAUCGCGUCUGAGUCUCGGAGCUGGUGUCUCGUCCCCCAAGGAAACUCCAUGCCUUUAUGAUAGCAGUUCCACCCUUUUUGUAAUGUGUCUGUCCAAAUAAUUUGGGGGCAAUUAUGUAUUGUAUUGUUAGAUUUUUAUUUCUUUCUGCUAUUCGAUUCCUAAAGAAAUAACUCAAAUCUAUCUAGGAUCUGCCGAAUUCUCAUUACGACCCUGUUCAUAUUGUGCUAUACAUAUAACACAUCAUGCUAAAAGGAACUCCAAUGUUAAUUCCUGCCAUUCUCUCUUCA